UUGUGAGAUUUUAUAGAAAUGAAAUAUUUAACGAGCUCAUCCACGAAACUCCAGUCUAAUUCCAGAUUAGAAAGAAACCACUGCUUUUAUGAUUUACCCAAUAAUUUAUAAUGAUUUUUUUUUGAUUUUUAAGUUAAAGUAAUGUAUCACCGAACGGGUCUACUUUUUCGAUUGCUGCCUUUUUCAAUCCACGCACAUGGACAACCCAAAAUGUCAAAAACUUUGAAAUUUGGAAUAUUUGUUUGAAAAUUUUUAACAUCAUAAACUAUUCUAAGUAUUCAACAACCGAUUUAAGCAAAACCCACCACAAGAGAAGAAAACCCAAUUCGAUCUCUGCUUCUGAAACUCCAAAAGAGAAGUCCUACAUUGCAACUGCUUCUACUGUGAGAGCUGAAGCAAUUACAUCCAGUUGAUUUACAUGUGGAUUAAUCCAGGUUUUGUGUGCCCAUGGUGUUGCGAGGCUUCUUUCCAUUUAUGAUGUCCAUUUGUUUGUCAAUUGUCCUCCUAGCUGAAAAAUCUGUUGCAAAUAUUCCAGUAAUUGGCAGUAUUUAUUCAGUGUUCGAAGGGUCUCAAAUUAAUUGGCUUGAUUAUGGUGGAAUGUUUUUGCUCUCGAACAACUCAAAUUUUUCUUUUGGAUUUUCAAGUACAAAGGAGGAGUUGGCAUUGUUCUCUUUGUCUAUAAUUCACGUUCAUAGUGCAAUUGUCGUCUGGACAGCCAACAGAGGCUUCGGGGUAAGAGAUUAUGAUAAAUUUGUUUUUGACAAAACUGGGAAUGUAUAUCUGGAGAAAGAAGGUGGUAUAGCCUGGUCUCCUCAUACUGCAGGAAAAGGAGUUACUUCCAUCAAGCUGCAGGACUCGGGCAAUUUGGUUUUGCUCGGAAAUGACUCCAGAGUUCUUUGGCAGAGUUUUAGCUAUCCCACAGACACCCUUUUGUCAAAUCAACUUUUCUUUGAAGGAAUGCGACUAGUAAGUGAGCCCAAUUCCAAUAACUUGAGUUGCUACCUUGAAAUGAAAUCAGGUGAUGCAAUUCUCUAUGGAGGAUUCCAAACUCCUCAACCCUAUUGGUCUAUGGCAAAUGAGUACCGGAAAGUUAUAACUAAAGAAGAUGGACCAGUCACUUCUGCUUCUCUAAUUUCCAAUUCAUGGAGCUUCUUUGAUCACAAUCAGAAUCUAAUUUGGGAAUUUAUAUUGUCUGAUGAUUUUAGUUUUGAUGUUACUUGGGCAGCAGUUUUAGGAGAUGAUGGGUUUAUUUCAUUCUACAGUCUUCAUAAUGGUGACCAGUCUAAUGCAGUAACAAUGAAGAUUCCACAAAAUGAGUGUAGCACGCCUGAACCAUGUGAUCCCUACUACCAUUGUGAGUUUCUGACUAAAAAAAAAUGCUACUGUCCUCUGGAGCUUAGCAACCCUCCAAGUUGCAACCAUUGGAUUGGCUCUCCAUGUGAUGGCUCAAAGAGUUCUAUACAGUUGUUAAAUAUGGGGGAUAAACUUGACUACUUUGCUCUUGAGUUUGUUUCACCCUAUGCCAAUUGUGAUUUGAAAGGUUGCAGGGAUGCAUGUGUUAGUAACUGCUCAUGUCUCAUGUUAUUUUUUGAGAACAAUUCCGGCCAAAGGCUAAACCCUGCCAAGAAAGAAAGCAAUAGUCGGAACCACUUGCGGAUUGUUAUGAUAGCUACUACAAUCUUCUUACUUGCUAGUUGUCUACUUUUUUUGGGAUAUUGGUUCCACCAAAGAAACAAAAGAAUGCUACAAUUUUUCGAAGAUGUCAUGGGAAAGGAUAAUUUUUCUUGCCAAGAUGAUGACAUUCAAGUAGAAAAUUUCUUAGAGAUCUUAUCUCGCAACCCCAAUCGGUAUAGCUACAAAGAUCUUCAGACCGCUACAAACAACUUCUCUGUGAAACUCGGUCAGGGUGGUUUCGGUUCAGUUUACAAAGGGAUGCUUCCAGAUGGAACUCAAAUUGCCGUAAUUGGAGGGCACUAAUCGGGAAAGAGAGAAAUUUCGAACUGAAGUUUCACUAUUGGCAGCAUCCACCAUCUCCAUUUGGUCAAGCUCAAGGGCUUUUGUAUAGAGGGCACUAAUCGCCUUAUGGCUUAUGAGUACAUGGAAAAUGGGUCUUUGGAUAAAUGGAUCUUCAGGACCAAUGGAGAAGGAUUAACCUUGGAUUGGGAAACCCGAUUUAGUAUAAUAAUAGGUGUGGCGAGAGGAUUGGCUUAUCUCCAUGAGAACUGCCAUAUGAAGAUCAUCCACUGUGAUAUAAAACCUGAAAAUGUGCUUCUUGAUGACAAUUACCAAGCUAAGGUAUCAGAUUUUGGCUUGGCCAAGUUGAUGACAAAGGAACAGAGUCAAGUUGUCACCCGACUAAGAGGCACAAGGGGGUACUUGGCACCUGAAUGGGUCACAACCAAUGCUUUGUCAGAGAAGAUUGAUGUAUAUAGCUUUGGCAUGGUUUUGCUUGAAAUUGUUGGGGGAAGACGGAACUUCAACCCUGCAGAGUGUUCAGAGAAAGCUCAUUUUCCGUCUUAUGCCCUCAAGAUGAUGGAAGAAAGAAAGCUGCAAGAAAUAAUCGAUUCAAAGCUUGAGAUUGAUGAAGACAACAAGAGGGUAGAAAACGUAAUCAAAGUUUCUUUGUGGUGUAUACAGAGGGACAUGCACUGAAGACCAUCCAUGGGUAGAAUUGUUCAAAUGCUUGAAGGUUCCUGCUCUGUACCGGAGCCUCCGAGCUCCUCUGAAGCUGGUUUCCACUUUCUUGCAAAUUUUGUUAGACCAGUCAGAGAGGAGAGAAGGUUACCUGCACCAUCAUAUUGCCAUAGUGAUGCAAAGUUUUUGGCAGUGCAAUUAUCUGGUCCAAGAUAAUUAAGGCCAUGCACUCAAUACCUUCUAUAUAGCACAACAUGUGAUGCUAUUUGGGAUCUUAAUAUUGAGUUAUUGACUUUGCAACUCUAUGCAUGCUCCACCCUUGCUUGGGCUGUAUUUUUUUUCAAUUUAAAUCAUAUUUCUUUUAUGUC